AUGAGUAAAGAGCCAAGUGAGAGCAUUGCACCUCGUGUGUGGCAAGCAUGUGUUAUUUGCCGGCGCAAGAAGAUCAAGUGUGAUGGCAAUGACCCAUGUCGGAACUGCAGCUCCCGGAAUCUUAUCUGUGAAUAUCCCGGUAGUAACGACAACGCAUCCAGCAGUCGCAAGUCUCUGAGCCCUGCAUAG